AUGUUCAACCUCUUCUGCCGUUCAUACCAUGGGAUCCAGCGUGGGCUGCGGCGAGCUACUACGGACAGUUCGGGGUCGCCUACUGAGUCCUCGGAGAUCAACACCCCGGUAGCCGCUGCUGCUGCGAGACCACCGGACCGGUUCGUGCAGAAUGGUCAGCCGAACUUCCUGCCCAUUUACGAUGUAACCCGCUAUGCUGAGCUACUCCCUGAGUUCAAUUCCUCACUUUUCUCGGAUGCCUCUGAAGGCGUUGAGAGGGCAUUUAUGCUGCGCUACACUCAGAAGCUGGUAUCCUUGGUCCACUCGGCUAAGACCAGUGAUGAGCAGCUGGCGAACAAUCCGUUCGAAUGCAGGUUUGCAGUAACUAAGGCCGAAGUUGCCGGCAAUCCUCGAGUACCGCCCUUCCACAGUGAUGCGGCAUUCGUUUUAAAGAUGACUCAACGGUGCUGCUUCUCUGUCGCCACCGUUGUAGCCGGUCUGGACUAUUUCAUCCGCUUGAUUGACAAGGGUUUGGUCCAUUUGCACCACACCUCAUGGAGAUCUUUAUGGGUUUGCUGCAUGCUGCUGGCUGAGAAGAUGUGGGAGGAUAACUUCGUACAUCCGGUUCAUAUUAUGGGACAGUACAGCUCAAAUGCGCACACCAGAAGUGAGUAUCUCCGACUUCAGAUGGGUAUUCUUAAGGUCCUCAAUUGGGAUAUGAAUAUCACUCUGAAGCGGUUCACCGAUUUGGUAGCAAACAUCAUGGCCCACCCGGUGUCUCCGGAGGUAUUGAGUGCAGUCCCUCGACACCCUGGCAAGCUCUUCAUCCUGAGACCCCUUCCGAAAGUGCCCAAGAUGAACUUCAAUCUCUCUUCCCGGCUACGACUAAAGAAUACGAGGUUGCUCUCGAGACAUGGUGGCAGACUUGAUGUUCGCCACCAUCUGCAUGCCGCCGCCGUCUCAAGCGACUCUUCUGGCGGCGCCGCUUCUACAGUCGCGGAAAGCCACCGACCAGAUGUCUACAACGAGAUCAAGGAGGUUGAAGAUUCGAUGGACAUCACAUCCUUCGGCCAACCUCGCUCUAGACCAGCUGUUGGGUAUUGGCCUUCAUUCGCUAUGAUGGGUACCAUUAUAAGGUCGAAGAGACCGACGAUUCUUAGUGUGAGCGGCGAAGAUUCUGAUGAUCAAAUGCUAUUGAGGAAGCAAGUUACCAUAACCAAGAAAGGUCAAAAGGGUGCCUUCGCUUGGCUGAGUACCAGGCCUUGGCGAAAUCGUGAAGACUUCGAGCGUUUCGUCAGUAAGAGCUCUGGCAUCGACAUUUUCAAGGGCUGGUUCAUUACUUUCAUGCUGGUUGAACAUACCAGAUCAUCCUUUCAUGUUGGUAUGGAUAUGACCCAUUGGCCCGUCAUGCACAUCUUCUCUAAAGCGGCUUGCUCCCUCGAUAUGACCUGCUUCUCUACAGCUUAUGGUUUUAUGUGUUAUAGAAGCUACUUAGUGAAUACCAAGAAUAGGCCGCUCUCCACUACCCUUACCAGAGUCUUCCGAUCGGUCGGCCUCGUCUUUCUGGCUUUAAUAUUCAUGAACAUUACAUUCAGCUUAUCGGUGGCGGACCACAUGCCUGCUAUGAGGGAGAUUAUCGAGCUUAUAACGCUCUCUACUGUAUACUGGGAUUUCCUGGCCGCCUUCCCCCUGGAGCUCCUCAUGGGAUUCCUCUCUACUAAGCCCAUCAUUGCCUUCUCUAUGUGA